UGUGUCUGAAGCCUGUGUCUGAAGCCUGUGUCUGAAGCUUGUGUCUGAAGCCUGUGUCUGAAGCCUGUGUCCAAAGCCUGUGACUCCAGAGGCCGAAGAAGCCCUUCACUCUCUUCUCUCAUCCUGCACAGAAUGAUGAUGCUUGCAUCCUCCUCGCUGCCCUGCUCCUGAUCUUGAUUCUCACGCGAGCAUACAAAGGUCUUGUGGCACGCCGCCAGUCCUCGCCAUAGACCAUAGAUACCCCCCGCUCGCCACAAACGUGUCCCCCCAGCGUUGCCUUAUCAACAUUUCCCACGAGGCUGUUCCUCCGGGCCUCAUCAUGCAAGACGCUGCCAUUGUCAGCCUACCUGGGCCGGCUCACCCAACUUCUCUUUUUUAUUUACUGGCCAGCCUCAUCUCAUACCGCCCUUCCAAUGUUCUCAGCCCGGGGGGUCAGCAUGCAAACCUCGUCCAAAUAGGCAGCGCUCCUUCUCAGAUCGCUCCAUGGGAGGAAUGCGGCUGGCUGGCCACACUCCCUUGGCUGUGCCGAUUGAGUAUAUUGCCCCAAGGUUGUGUCCCGAUCAGCUCAGAUGGUCUGCACCCGGCCCUCUUACGCCCUCCCAGAGCCAUAUCAGCCUGGCCUUGCCCAAUCAUCCUCGCCCACAAUUUCUUCUCCCCUGCAUCUUCAAGUGGACAUACCAUAACGAUCCAUCAACAAGUUCACAUGUUUAAGGCAAUUGGCCGGUCACUCUCGCCCAAGUUAUUCGCCUGGGAGACUGGAAUUCGCGGUUUGAAGGAGAGAAUACCCCGUACCAGUACUCUCCACUCUGGCUUUCCGUCCAAUUAAGGGGACCUGGAAAUUACCAGCAGACCAAGAAAGGCUUAUAUACACCUUCGAUACGUACCCAAACUUUUUCUCAGGACGAAACGAUAUACCACCUCUCGCAGAUGCCAAGGACCCCCCCUAUUCCAUAUGGACGGAAGCCACCAGAGCCACCAGAGCCACCACGAAGGCCGUCUAUGGCUGACACCGCCGAAAUAAUGUCUGUCAAUGCCGUCUACUACCCGAAUUACCGUGCCUAUCGUGGAGAGACGCCAGCGACUCUGAACUACAAGUGCAUCAGUCAUGUCUACUACGCUUAUGCGCAUGUCAACGCCGACGGUUUCGUCUUUUUGAGCGACGAGUUGGCGGAUGGGACGAUGGAGGUCGAUGGCGUGAACGGCUGUCUGGGGUCGUUCAGGGUUCUGAAGGACAAGUUUCCUCACCUGAAGGUGCUCUUGUCGAUUGGUGGUGUCGACUCUAGCCAAAGCUUCAGGAUCCUGUCAGAAACGGCAGCGAGAAGAGACAAUUUCGCCAAGUCAGCGAAUCUGCUUGUUCGGGAGGCGCGGCUCGAUGGAAUCGACAUCGACUGGCAGCAUCCAGACGAUGCACAGCAGGGAAGCAAUUUCCUCUCUCUCCUGGCAACCGUUCGGCUCUAUCUUCCAUCAGAGGAUUUCAUGGUAGUCGUGCCACUCCCUACCAACAGCUGGGCCCUACAGCACAUCGACCUGCCCAAGAUUGAAGAAUACGUCGACCUGGUCAACCUCACGGCUUAUGACUUCUCGGGCCCCUGGCGCCCCACGGCGGGCCACCACGCACAGCUUUACCGCGCGCAGGAGGGCGAGAACUCUGGCUCCGCGGCCGUCGAGUACAUCCUUGCCACCGGCUUUCCAGCGAAGAAGAUCCUCUUGGGCAUCCCCGUGUACGGACGCUCGUUCAUCGGCGCAGCGGCCCCAGGAGACCAUUACCACAGCAACGGCGGCGAGGAUGGCAUUUUCGAGUACAAAUCCCUACCGCGCCCAGGCACGCAGGAGGUCGUCGAUACAGAGCGCUGCGCAGCGGUGUGUGUCGGUGGGGACGGUGGCUUUGUCACUUACGACAGCCCCGAGACGGUGGCUAUGAAAGGGCGCUAUUGCAAAGAGCAGGGCCUUGGUGGCCUCUUUUACUGGACUGGGACGGCGGAUAUCACGAAUGGCCCACGCAGCUUGGUUGAGUCCGGCUUUCGAGCGCUGCAUGGUUCGUGAUGAUGGGGUCUUGGGGAUCGCUCUGAUAGCCCCUCGUACUCUUGAGGGGACUAGUGGAGACGUGGAAUUGGGUUUGGCGGUUUGGGCCGGUGAUGAUGGGAUCGGACUCGUAUCGGGAGCGUGUGUGUGGGAGCGUGUGUGUGGGAGCGUGUGUGUGGGGGCG